AUGGAGACUGUAAGCAACGUAGCUUCUGCGGCUGUUAAGGCAGUCUGGGGCGAGAAUAAGCAAAACGGCCCGGAGCCUAUCUCAGGUCAGACUGGCGAUACCUCUAAAGGUGAACCGUACGAUGCUGGCAACAUUGAAGAUCCUAAAGUCCAAGCUGCCAAAGCAGAAACCAACGGCGAAACCAAUGGCCAGGUCAACAAAUCAACAGAAUACACUAAAGAUGCAGAGUUCUCCAAGGAUACAGGCACUGCAGUAGAGGCCAAGGACACGCCAGACAACCCGUCGACAAAUCUCAAGUCAAACAGCAUACCCGACGACACAACCAAAGCUCAGAACGACGUGCGCAGCCCAGAUGACCCGAAGACGAACCCCAAGUCCGCGCCUAUUGAUGUCAACGACACCGAGGACGGUCCGAACGAGGCCCAGAAGCUAGAUGGCCCUGGACCCAAGCCGCUCGACGAGAUAGCGCGCGAGCACGGCGGCGACGCGGGGAAAAUAGAAAAGGACGAGAGCAAACCGCUUCCUGGCGAGGAAAGCGAGAGUAAGAGUAGCGGCGAAGACGAAGACGGCCCCAACGCGAAGAGUACCGGCGAGGGCACCGGGGAGCAGUACGUCAAGAGCAGCGGGCUGCAGGCCGACGGCGGAGACUUUGACGCUACGAAGCCAGGGGCAGGCAGGGAAGCUGACCGUCUGCUAGAGGAGAAGGGAAUCCAUCCUGUCGGCGGCGCGAAAGACGACAACAAUGAUGAUGCGUCGGAGCAUAGCGACAAGAAGGACAAGGAUAAGAAGAGCAUCGGGCAGAAGAUCAAGGAUAAAUUGCACCGACACUAA